CACCACCCUCUCUCGUGUUAGAUAGGCCGCUUCUCGGCGCCCCCACCACUCCCGCCUUUACCACCGCCUCGCCAAAGGGCCCUCCGAAGAGAGGGAUCGCGGGGGCAAGGGAUUAUUCGAGCUGCUUCGGCGAUCGGGGUCGGGGGUGGCGGGGGACGGAGUCUCCCCUUGUGAUGGCCCAUCAGAGCAAGUUUGUAUCGGUGAAUCUGAACAGAUCCUACGGCCAGCCCUCUUCCUCCACCUCCUCUGUCUAUGGCCGUUCUCGCCCCGGAUCCGGCGGGGGCGGAAGCGGCGGUGGCGGGAUGGUGGUCCUCUCCAGGGCCCGGAGCUCUGCCUCCUCCGCGGCGAAGACCGGUCAGAAGCUUGCUGUUCCGCCUCCCUUGAACCUGCCCUCGCUGAGGAAGGAACACGAGCGCUUCGAUCCGGCUUCGUCGGCGUCCGCCGUUGGCCACGGAAGCGCCGCACUCGGGGCGCGGGCGGGCUCUUCCGCCCUGGGCUGGAGCAAGCCGGUCAUUCCGCCGCCGUCUUCUAUGGUAGAGAAGGACGCCGUCGGCAGAGUUCAGGCUCAGUUGGGAAGACCAGCGAUCGGUGGCGAUGAUAUGGCCGGCAGCCCUUACAUGCCUCCAGGUGCUCGCCCGGGCGGCCAGCCGAUCAAUGCUACACCGGUUCCAGGGUUUUCAGAGAAAGCUGUAGUCUUGAGGGGCGAGGAUUUCCCUUCUCUUCGGGCCACCUUCACCUCGGCUCCAAAGCAGAAAGAGGCAUCGGGUCAGAAGCAGAAGCAACAUCAAGGAACGGUAGUGCUGCUCGAAGCACGGGAGGAGGCAUCUGAGCUGCGUGCACCUCUCCAAAUGAGGCCUCAGAUUAGGUCCUCUCGUCUUAUUACCAGUAAUGUGGCAGAGGGCGAUGAGGGGUCCAUCCGGCCGCCUGGUGCCUCGGAGCAGUCGCAGAAGCAGGAUGGCUACUUGCCUGGUCUGCUGCCCCUCGUACGGCUCCAGCACACAUCGGAUUGGACUGACGAUGAGCGUGAUACGGGACUCAGUAUCCCGGGGCGAGAGAGGGAUCGAGGGUUUUUGAGGCCUGAAUCGGUUCAGGCUCGUGAUGUUUAUGAUGGACGGGGGCUGCAUGAUACUGAAGCUGGCGGCACAAGGUCCAGGGAGUUCUUCAAAGGCGGUUCUUUUGUGAAGGAUGUAAAGGCUGCAAACAGUGAAAGUCAGGAUUCUGGCUCUUGGAGAUCUCCAUUGAUUCCAAGGGAUAGAUUGAACACCAAUGUCUUAGGAGUAAACAGGGAUAGACAUUAUGGGAGGCCCUCAAGUGGAAGCAGGGAAUUGAACACAGAAGGUGGUAAUGGUUGGUCAUCUUUUGUAGAAAAUGGUGAUCGUUUUGCAAAGAGGAGACAGGAUUCUCAGUAUGCUAGGGUGGAUUUGGUUUCUCCUGAGAACAUUCACAAUGGUAGAGUUGUUGCGGAAACAUUCACUGGGAGGAGUGCUGAGCAGAGUGUCCAUGGCCACUACAGCAUUCAUGCCAGUAACUGGUCCAAAGGAAGUUCCUCUCUGAAUGCCCCAGUCUCGAAGAUGCAAUUCUUAACCGGAAGUAAGGUUACUCCAUUAAAUGACCCGAUGCCCAAGUUUGGUAGAGAAAGGCGGUCACCAUCAAGUGCUGGAAAACCAUUCUUUGAAGAUGCCAAUUUCAAUAGCAAGGAUCCUUUUUCAGAAGGCAUCAAGGAUAUGAAUGUUAAAAUCUUCAAGAAGAAGAAGGAUCUCGAGAAGCAAGUUGAUUUUCCUGACCCAGUUAGAGAGUCAUAUGAAGCAGAACUUGAGAGAAUUCUGAGGACGCAGGAGCAGGAGCGGCAACGUGCAAUGGAAGAGCAAGCUAGAGCAUUGGAGCUUGCACGAAGGCAAGAGGAGGAUAGGGAGAGGCUGGCCAGAGAGGAGGAGGAAAAGAGGCGAUUGCUUGAAGAAGAGGCAAGAGAGGCUGCUUGGAUAGCUGAGCAGGAGACGUUGGAGGCUGCCAGGCGAGCUGAAGAGCAAAGGAUUGCAAGAGAAGAGGAGAAAAGGAGGUACCAAAUGGAGGAGGAAAGAAGGAAAGAGGCUGCACGAAAAAAGCUUUUGGAGUUGGAAGCCAGGAUUGCCAGGCGACAGGCUGAAGACAAAGAAAAAGAUGAUGGGGUCCCCUCUUUUGUUUCUGCUUCUGAUGAACUUGUGCCUGAUGUAGUGAAGGAAAGAGAAGUUCCACAAGUUGCAGAAGUUGGAGUUUGGGAGGAUGGUGAGAGAUUGGUAGAGCGAAUCACUAGAUCUGCAUUAUCGGAUUCUCCAUUGAUGGGUAGACUUUCGGAAGUGGGAUCUAGGUCUCAGAUUUUAGGGGAUAGUAUAUCUUCAUUUGUUGAUAGAGGCAAACAUACCUAUGGCAGCAUGAUUCUUCCUUCCUAUGCUGAAGAGAAUGUUCCUCGUAAUCCAAGGCAAGAUGCAUUCGGUUACAGGAGAGGCCUCCCCAAGAGAGAGAUCCAUGGUGGUAUUGUAUCUUCACAGAUGCCGGAUGAGUACCACCAACAAAGGAAACAGAGGUGGAACUCUACGAAAGAGGGUGAUCAUUUCAUGAAGAAUAUUGACAUUGAUGCUGAAUUUAUUGAUAGUGUCAAGUUUAGAGAUGCUGCAAUGGCACCUAAUAAUUCACAUGAAAGUCCCAAUGCUCCAUAUAGUGAAAUAUCUUCUGAGAACUCUAUGGUUGAUGGAUUUACCUCCUUUACAAGAUAUCGUCAGCCCUUGAGGCAGCCCCGGGUGCUCCCACCUCCACACGUGACUGCUGUGCAGAGAAGAGAUCAUGCAGAAAGAGCAAAUUCGUCACGUUUCACAGAUGAUGAGUUUGAUUAUGACCAUCCAAGUAGAUCUGAGCAAAAGAGUUUGCAAGCAGGUUAUGACAGCGUGUUUCCUGAAACCCUUCGACAUCCUGGAACAGCAGAUUUCCUGGAAGAGAAUGCUAUCCAUUCAGUGCAGGGACCAGAGAAGAUGAGUCCAAGAUGUGAUUCACAGUUGUCCCUUUCUGUUUCAAGCCCACCUAGUUCACCUGCUCCUCUUUCACACCAUGAAAUGGAUAUUUCCAGGGAUUCUCCCCCACUGCCAACUUCUGCUGAUGGUGAGCAUACUGUUGUGUCCGAUGGUGAGCAUAUUGUGUUGCCAUUGGACAGGGGUACCAUGGAUAGAACAAUGUCUUCAAGGUCAGUCUCUCCUGGAAUAGAUGAUGAAUGGCCAAUUGAGAACAGUGAAGAGGUACAGGAGCAAGAAGAGUAUUAUGAAGAAGAUGACGACUACCAAGACCUAGCUGAAGCACAUGAAGGUGAUGAUGAGAAUCUUGAUUCAGCUCAGGUGAUAGAAGAUAUGCGAACUGAUUCUGGGGAGAUGGAACAAGUAAUUCUUGGAUUUAAUGAAGGUGUCGAAGUUAAACUUCCAAGUAUAGAUAAGUUUGAGAUAACUCGUAGCAACAGUAAGGAUUUUUUAGCUAUACAGGCUGGUUCUGCUGUCAGUGUGGAAGAACCAAUUAGCAAUGGUGAAAUUACCCAUCAAGGAGGUACUAUAAAUAAUUCUUUUCUAAUUGUAAGUGAGACUGAGAGGUCCUUGCAAAUUUUAUCUCUUGAUCCAAUGGUGUCGUCUAGCCAUUCUACAAACAGUGUUGAAGCAUCCCAGAACCCGAUUGUACCAGCUCAGCAUAUGAUGGUUCCUGCUUCCAAUUUUUCAACAGCAUCUACAGCCUCAGAUUCACCUAUCUUAUCUUUGCCUUCUGCUGCUGUUAGUCAGGGUGAAGCACCUAUUAGUCUACAGUUUGGUCUGUUUUCUGGUCCUUCUUUGAUACCUUCUCCUGUUCCAGCCAUUAAAAUUGGUUCUAUACAGAUGCCGAUUCAUGUGCAUACUCAGAUAAGCCCAUCUCUGCCACAGGUGCACCCUUCACAGCCUCCUUUGUUCCAGUUUGGCCAGCUGAGGUAUGCCCCUGCUAUCUCUAAGAGUGUUUUGCCACUGGCUCCUCAUAGCACAUCCUUCGUUCAGCCUCCUGCUCCAGCUUCCUAUUCCUUUAAACAGAAUCCUGCUGGUUGUCUGUGUUACCAAUCACCUCACAAUUACUCUUCUCAGAACAAAUCAGAAGAUAAAAUGCCUUCAGUUUCUUCAGUUACACAGUCUAAUUUGGCACAAAACCUCAUUGAACCUUCUCAAGGAACUUUGUCAUCUGGGCAGCUUAAGGUGAUAUUAGAUCCUGGAAAGAAUGUUUCUAUGGCUUCUCAGAGUCUGGUAGGCAUACCUUCUUUGGUUGAAAAGAAAGGUAAAAAUGAUUCAAUUUACCAAGCUGAGCAUCAUGGUAAUGAUGAUGUGACUGUGAAGAAGACCUAUAAGCUUACUGGUAAACGAAAAGAAUCUCAAGCUCAACAGCAUGCUGAACUGCAAUCUUCUAGGUUCUUUUCAGGAGGAAAACCUCCUUUAAAGACUUCGAGCACUUUAUUUGGUGGGCGGAGGAAGAGAUACACAUAUACUGUAAAAAAUGCUGGUUCAAGAUCAUCAUUUGCAGGAGUAGAUACAAUACAGGCUGAUCCAAGUGGUUUUCAAAGGAAGGCUAGGAGAAACAUUCGAAGGACUGAAUUAGGAGUCAGAGAACAUAUUGAGAGGAAACACACACUUGGUUCAGAGUCAUUUAACAACAGGACUGGGCAAGAUAAGGUGUCAAAGGAUCAUUCGACGGCCAUUGGGAUUUCUAUAAAGAACAUAGGCAGGAGAGAUGCAGCUUUAGACUGGCCAACCAAGAUCAACGAUUCAGAGAACUUAACUUCUGGUGCUUCUAUUUCUCGGGUUGUGAGCUAUGAUAGGAAGACCAAGAAGGCUAUAGGAAAAGAAACUGCUUUGAAGAGUAUAACCAGCUUUGACAAGUCUCAUGCUGGAAAAGGCAACAUCAACACAAGUCACAUUCUUGAGGAGGAUGUUGAUGCUCCUUUACUGAGUGGAGUUGUUCGUGUUUUUAAGCAGACAGGAAUUGAAGUUCCUAGUAACGAGGAUGACUUUAUCGAGGUAAGAUCCAAGAGACAGAUGUUAAAUGACCGCCGAGAACAGAGGGCAAAAGAAAACAAGUCCAAGUCUAGGGUGUCAAAGGCACCUAGCAAACAAAUUUCAGUUUCACAAAACAAUGCUGCCAACUCAAACUCUCAUAAAGCUGAAAUAUUUUCAGUUGGUGACACGCCAAAUGUUGUUUGUUCUAAUCCUUCUGUUGGAGCGGGGAAUGGGUCUACUAAACUUGAGCCAUCACUUGUAUUCACUGACAAUAUGACAUCUCAGACUCUACCUCCAAUUGGCACCCCUUUAGUAAAUGUUGAUUCUGAAAGUGGAUUGAAUGAUUUGAAGUCAUGCCAGGUUAUCUCUGUACCUGCUGCAUCUGAAAGUGGAUUAAUGCUCUCUCCAGGACUGCUAGACCUCAAAAACAUAAAUCCUGAUCAUACUACGUUGCCUUUGAGUUCCUGGGGCACUGCAAACAUGAGUCAUCAGGUGAUUGCCUUAACUCAGACUCAGCUUGACAAAGCUAUGAAGCCAGCACAAUUCCGUUCACAAGUUGUUUCAAGCAUUGUUCUUGAGCCCCAUAAACCUGUUUUAUCUGUUGUGACUUCAGAAAGCACCGUUAGUUCCUUGCUUGCUAGUGAGAAAAUUCAAUUUGGAGCUAUAAUGCCACCAAACAUUUUACCUCCUGUCAGCGGAGCUAUUUCCAAGGGACUUGGACCUCCAGAUUCAUGUAGGUCAGAAUUAAAAGUAGGUCAGAACUUGCCUGCUAACAAUUAUUCCAUGUUCUUUGUUGAAGGAAAGUGCCACGGUGAACCUUGUCCAAAUCUAGAAGAUGCAGAGGCAGAAGCUGAAGCAGCUGCUUCUGCUGUUGCUGUUGCUGCCAUUACCAAUGAUGAGAUAGUUGGAUCUGGGAUAGCUGCAUCUUCAGACACCAAAAGCUUCACUUCUGCAGAUGGAACUGCAUUGGCAUCUGGAGAUGUGGCAUCUAGCCAAGAAGUAGCUGGUCAAUCAGCCAAUGAAGAGUCUUUAACAGAUGCUCUUCCAGCAGAUCUUUCAGUAGAUACUCCACUCUCAGUGUGGCCCGCCUUACCAAGUCCACAAACAUCUCAACCAUUGCUUUCACAAUUUCCUGUGGCGGCACCCUCACACUUCCCCAGCUUUGAGAUGAACCAUAUUCUGGAUGCUCGAACCUUUGCAUAUGGGUCUCAUGAUGAGUCUACUGGUUCCCAGGGACAAACUCAUCAAUCUCAAAAAGCUGCUGCUUUGGGUUCAGGGUCAGCAGGGGCUUGGCCACAGUGCCACUCCGGUGUUGACUCUUUGUAUCGACCAACAUCAGGGUUUAAUGGUCCUUUCAUCAGCCCUGGAGGAAUCCCUGGUGUUCAAUGCCCUCCACAAAUGGUCUUCUACAACCAUUUUGCGCCAGUUGGACAAUUUGGGCAAGUCGGUCUGGGUUUUAUGGGUGCUACAUAUAUACCUGCUGGGAAGCAACCUGACUGGAAGCAAAACCAAGUAUGUUCUACUACUAGUGACAACAAUGGUAACCUGAGCAGUCUAAAUGUUGUUUCUGGUCAGGGUACCCCGACCAGUGUGCCGGUCCAGAAUAUAAGCCCAGGAUCACCUCUCAUGGCAGUGGCUCCUCCUCUGACCAUGUUUGACAUGAGUCCUUUCCAGCCAACUGCCAAUAUUCCACUGCAAGCUUGGUCUCAUGUUCAUCCACCACUCCACUCCGUUCCUUUGACUAUGCCACCACAGCAGCAUCAUGUAGAGAGCAGGAUACCUUCACAAUUCAACUGGAGCGUUUCAGGGGACACAGCCACCGGAAACCAUAGGUUUGGUGAAGCUCAUUCAUCAGUAUCUGCUGAGAUCAGUAGGAACAUCCCAUUUCCAACCUAUACUGCCUCUGAGAUCUCCGAUGGUCUGAGUUUGGUGAAGCAACCAACUUCCAGCACUGCUAAUAUUCAGACAAUCAAGCCUUCAGACAGCACUACAAGUGGGAACGAGAAGAAAGUCCCGAAGAUGGUAACAAGAACAAUUGGAUCUGGUGUUGUAGAUAGCGGAGGGAUUGGCACGAGUAACAGCAAUAGCAGUGGUCAAGUGACAGGCCUUCCCACUCAGCAACCAACUUCAUCAGGCCAGCAGCACCUCCGUCCGAUCGGAUAUGCCGACCAGCAAGGUGGGGUUUCUCAGAGAACAGGCUCUGGAUGCGAAUGGCAUCAUCGUAGGACUGGAUUCCAGGCCCGGAAGCAGGUCACAGGUGCCGACAAGAACAAUGGUCCACCUAAGAUGAAGCAAAUAUAUGUGGCUAAGCCAUCGAUCAAUCGACUUCCAAACCAAGGCCAGACGAGAACUUGAUUUCGGCGUACCAAGACCGCUGCCCUUUGCCAUAACUAUUUAUAAAUAACAGAGGUGAUGUCUCCGCUGCAUCUGAGUCCAUCUUCUUGUGGAAAUCUGUUCUCGAUGAACCAUGAUUUUUUUUUUUCAAUGGGCUUGACGACUUGAGUGAUUCACAGGGUUUUCGUAUCGUAUCUUAUGCCUUUUGCUUCGUUUCGUUCAUGUAAACUAGGUCUAUCGAGUCUAGUUUCUUCCAAAUCAAUUUUGACAUCUAUAAUGGGCCUGACGACUUAAAAGUAAAAAAGUAAACUAGGUCUAUUACAGGCU